UAAAGCCCGGAGGCGGAAAGGAGAUUCAUUCUGACCCUCACACUCACACUGCUGCUGAUACAAAAUGGCGGCUGGUAGUGAAACUGUAAGCGGCAAUAGCCGCGGGUCCGGCGCGGUCCUCGAGUCGUCUUUAGACCGGCGGUUUCAAGGCGUCUCGAACACAAUGGAGUCCAUUCAGGGAUUAUCCACCUGGUGCAUCGAGAACAAGAAAUAUCACAGUGUCAUCGUGCGCUCCUGGCUGAAGUGGCUGCGCAAAUCGGACGCUUCUCAAAGGCUCAAUCUCUUCUACCUGGCCAAUGAUGUGAUUCAGAAUUGCAAGAGGAGAAAUGCCAUUGUUUAUCGUACAACCUUCACUGAUGUUUUGCCUGAGGCUAUUAAGCUCAUCAGUAACGUGAAAGACUCCAAGGUGCGGAGGUCAGUGGACAGGAUCCUGUCUAUCUGGGAAGAGAGAAAUGUUUACUCAGAAGAACUUAUUAACCAGCUUAAAGGUGGCCUCGCCCAGCUAGAAGAACCACCAGCUCCUGCCAACCCCAAAGCUGCGUUAAGAUCCAAGAUUGUUGCUGAGUUUUUGCCCUCAGCAUUUAUCGAGCAUCUCACCAAGUACAGGAACUCGGUGGAUGAGAUUGAGUUGAAAGAGAAGCAGCUAGCUGCGAUGAGAGUGGAUGUCUGUAGCACAGUAGCCCUGAAGAAACUUAAAGAUAAAGCCGGUGGCAAACGUUUUUCCAAAGAUUUUGAAGAUGGCAGUGCAAAACUGCAGGACUUUGUAGCCUUUUUGGAUGGAGAGGUAAAAAAAGGACCUGCUCUGAUUGAAGUUCUGGAAAAUGCUGACAUUUUCUAUGAGAUGCAGUACAAAGAAGUCAAGAUUGUUACCAAUGCCUAUCAGACUUUUGCCAACCGAGUGUUGCAUCUCAAGAAGAAACUGGAUGCAAUCAAAGAGUCUUUACCUGACCCUGAUGACUCUCCAAUCCCGUCCCCCUCUGAGGACGCUCCAUCACCCACGGGCUCCGAGUCACCCUUCCAUGGCUUAACACGAAUUGCUACCCCAGACCCAGAGCUGGACGGUCAGGCAUUGGAGGAGGACCUGAUUGCAAUAGGCGAUGCUCCGAGUCCACUGUCUUCCCCAGGGGACAAAGAUAAUCGUGAUGUCGAGGACAUGGAUCUCUCUGAUGUUGAGGAGUUGGCGGAACCAGCAAUUAUAGUAGAACAAAGAACAGAGCCGCCUGUCCCUGCCAGCGUGUCCAGCUUUAGUGCUAAUGAACCAUCUCAAACCAGUCAAGCUGCCCCAGAGUACGAAACCCCUGCAGCAACCACACCCCCAACAACGACAUCCCUUCCCAUGAACCUGGCUGGUGUUGAUUUGGGCAAAAUCAGCUCCAUUAUUAGCACCCUUACAAAUGCAAUGAAGAACACUGGUAAGCCCAUUACAGAUAUAGAAGUUACUUCAAGCACACUUUCAUCCACAAGUUCAACAUUGAAGAGCCCUACAGUCUCUUCCUCACCAGCUGUUCCUGCAUCUAACUCACUGGCCAAAAUACUCUCUAGGGUGGAUAUCAACCCUGGAACCCUUCUAAAUGUCCUGUCUAAGACCCAAACACAAGGAAUUGGCCUUCAAGGACUAUCUUCUUUCCUGAACAGUCAGACCACAGUAAACUUAACUCCUUCAGCUUCACAUUUGGAGCCAUCCCCAGAGCCCACUCACAAAGCCCAUGCCUCUCCUAUUACCAAUCCAGUGCCACCUGCUCCAACCGUGGUGAGCAAUUCUACCCUCGAAAGUGCUGGGAAUCUUCAGUCUUCUCAAUCUUCCAACACUAUUCAAAACAGGGAUCUACAGAAGAAAGCUGAGGAAGACAAUGUUAAACCAGUUAUUUCUGUUAGCUCACUGGAUUCCAAAAUUGAUGGUUUCCUUCAGGGGAAUCCAGGUUUGAGAGGCUUGAAUAUGGGUUUCCCACCUGUUCUUCCUUGGACCAAAGCUGUUGAUGUUCCUUCAACAAGCACAGAAAACCUAGGGGGAACUCCUGUCAGGGAUGAGUCUGGUGCAACACCAACUCAGGAUGAGGUUAUGGAUGAGCCUGUAGUGCAGCCAUUCUCAUAUCAAGGAGGGCCUGUGCAAACCACUUCAACAACAGCUCCUUCUACACCCGCAGUGGUCAGUGGACUGCCCAUGUCCACGUAUUCUAAAGAUUCCUGGCAAGAACAGAACAGACAUGUUUUGCAGUAUAGUUCUGGGUCACAGCAUAGCGGAGAUCACUACCAGAGGGACUUUCAAAGAUCAGGGCUACCUCUUAAUGAAACAGGGCAUCAUCAGCGUGUUGAAUCUUUGUUGCCGUCAUCGAUGGCAGACACAAAUCAGAACUCGAAUAAAAUCAAUGAUUCUUCAGAGCGAAUUAGCCUGGCACCACGGUUCUCCAAUACCGGAGCAGACACUGCUCGAUCGGCAAAUGAUGGCUGGUAUAGUGGACACGGUCAAGAACAGCGUACUAGUCUCAACUCUGAUUCAUACGAAGUAAAGCAGCACCAGUCUGAAGAACAUCGACAUGAUCCGAAGCCUUUACAUUUCUUUAACACCCCAUUACCCCCCCUUCCACCAAUCCCCAAGCUUCCACCACCUCCUCAAGACUUUGUCCCUCCAGUGGUUGGUGGAGUCAAAGAUCCAACAGAGCUGACAAAUAUCUCAGACAGUGUACGUUCUGCUGGCAAUGUCCCAGCGUAUCUCUCAACCAAUCCAGUUUCUCACGAUGAUUAUGAUGAGCGUCUCCAUGCUAAUCAGAUCCCUGCCAAAGAGACUUUCCAUCCCCGUCUUAACGCACCCGGGCCACGCCAUUGUGCAGUCACGCCACAUCCUGUUCGUCUGGGCCCACAAAACGGCCCCAUGGACUUUAACCAUCGUCCCAGAGUCCCAGUACACAAUCAACACCCCACUGGAAUGCCCCGUCUAGGUCCCCCAUCUGCUGUACGAGGGUACCACGAGGCUAAUCCCUCACUUGCUCUAUCUGAAGAUCCUUAUUUGGAUUCACACUGUGAUGAGCCCCCUCACAGCCCUUCUCCCCCUCCGUACAAUGUUGAGCACCCAGUCUCGCCUCAAACACGCCCUUUUUACCCCGACGGCAGAGCUGCCCCAAGGCACCACCUAGAGCCUAGGUUAUGUCCUCGCCCCGAGCACAGACCUCCUCCUCCUCAACAUCACUAUCGUCCUCCACGGCCUGGGCACUUUCCACCACAGAGACCUCUCCGCCGUCCUCCUCCACCACACAUACCUCACCCCAGUGAGCCACCAUUCCAGAGAGGGAAGAGACACGGCCCUCCUUUUGGAGGCCCCCCAAGACCCGCGGGUCCAUUUUACCCUCCGAAAAGACCUUUCCUGCCGCCACGGUACUGAACUGGUAGCACAUCCGAAUGCUAGAGUUGUAGGAUUUACAUACUGACAACCACGCAACGAUGAUCUUCUACUAGCCUUCAUUAAAUCACACCCUGAAAAAUCAGUGUGAAAAAUCAGUGGUCUCUUGCAGCUCGCUGAAUCUGUGCCCUGUUUUGUAAAUUACGGAACGAGCUUCAAUCUCUAUAACGGGCCGCAAAGGGGAG